AUGUCUGAUUUGGAAGAAGAUGAAGUCGACUUGUUGGAGGAGGAAUUUGCGAGAGCAACUAAAUUCAUCGAACGCAAUCACGAUCAAUUGGUUCAGCAAGAAUUGCUAAAGUUUUACGGAUUUUAUAAGCAAGCAACCGUCGGAAAGUGUAACGUUCCGAAACCCGGAAUUUUCAAUAUGAGCGGUCGCGCCAAAUGGACAGCCUGGAACGAUUUAGGAGACUUAUCGAAGGAGAAUGCAAUGAAAGGCUAUAUACAAAGUUUGACCAAUUUUAAACCGGAUUGGAAUCAAGCCGACGAAGGAGACGAUUUUAAGUCUCAGAAGGGUUCUUGGGUAUCGGUUUCAACACAUGCAAGCCGAGAAAACGAGGAUGAAUUAUCUAACGAGAACAAGACGUUAGUUGAUUUCAUUAAGGAAGGUAAUCUGACGGAACUGAAAACUGCAUUGCAAUCCUCGGACGAAGAUGUAGGUUCGUUGGUGAAUGGGCUCGAUGACGACGGACUCGGUGCCAUCCAUUGGGCUGCCGACCGAGGGAAUGCAGAUGUAUUACGGCUGCUGCUCCAGGUUCCAGGUGUGAAGGUUGAUUUAAGGGAUUCCAGUGGACAAACCGCGCUACAUUUUGCCGCCAGUUGUGGCAAUCGGGAAUGUGUCCAGUUACUGCUGGAUUACGGUGCCGAUCGUAUGCUUUUAGAUGACGAAGGAGCAUCUUGCAUUGACCUUUCGUUUGAUGCGGAAAUAAAACAAAUGUUUCUAUAAAAGUGGGA